AUGGGGCUGCCUCCAGCCCACCUGGUGGUGGUCAGCCUGGCCCUGUCCUUGGCCAGCAACGGGCAGGCCUGGCAAGAAAGCGGGGCCGAGAAUGGCGGCCACAACGUCUGCAGUACAUGGGGCAACUUCCACUACAAGACCUUCGACGGCGACGUCUUCCGCUUCCCCGGCCUCUGUGACUACAACUUUGCCUCCGACUGCCGAGACUCGUACCAGGAAUUUGCUGUGCACCUGCAGAGGGGCCCGGGCCCCGACGGAGGGGUCUCCCAGAUCACGUCCUUGGUGCUCAUCAUCAAGGACGACGUCAUCUACCUCACCAACCAGCUGACCGUGGUGAACGGGGCCAUGGUCAGCACCCCCCACUACAGCUCGGGUCUGCUCAUUGAGAAGAAUGAGGUGUACACCAAGAUCUACUCCCGGGCCGGACUCUCCCUCAUGUGGAACCGGGAGGACUCGCUCAUGCUGUCGCUGGACAGCAAGUACCAGAACCACACCUGUGGCCUGUGUGGGGACUACAACGGCGAGCAGGGCUCCGAGUUCGUCUCUGAAGACUUGACCCUGAGCCCCGUGGAGUUCGGCAACAAGCAGAAGAUCAACAACCCGCAGGUGGAGUGUGAGGACCCAGAGGACGCAGCUGACCCCGAAUCCUGCUCCGUGCACCGCGCCGAGUGCAAGAGGCUGCUCACCGCCGCCGCCUUCGAGGACUGCCAGGGCCGCGUGCCGCUGGAACCCUACCUGCAGGCCUGCGUGCAGGACCUCUGCCUCUGCGGGGCCAACGCGUCCUGCGCCUGCAGCACCCUGUCCGAGUUCUCGCGCCAGUGCUCCCACGCCGGAGGCCGGCCGGGCACCUGGAGGACCGCCUCGUUCUGCCCCAAGACUUGCCCCGGGAACAUGGUGUACCUGGAGAGUGGCUCGCCCUGCGUGGACACCUGCUCCCACCUGGAGGUCAGCAACCUGUGCGAGGAGCACCCCAUGGACGGCUGCUUCUGCCCGGAAGGCACCGUGUAUGAUGACAUUGGGGGCGAAGGCUGCAUCCCCCUGAGCCAGUGCCACUGCAAGCUGCACGGACACCUGUAUGCACCGGGCCAGGAGGUCACCAACCAGUGUGAACAAUGUGUCUGCCAUGCUGGCCGCUGGGAGUGCCAGGACCUGCCAUGCCCAGGCACCUGCACCCUGGAGGGCGGCUCCCACAUCACCACCUUCGACGGGAAGCGGUUCACCUUCCACGGAGACUGUUACUACGUGCUGAGCAAGGGUGCCCAGAACGACUCUCACGCACUGCUGGGUGAGCUGGCCCCCUGCGGCUCCACCGAGAAGCAAACCUGCCUGAAGACGGUGGUGCUGGUGACAGACAAGAAGAAAGAUGUCGUGACCUUCAAGUCUGACGGCAGGGUUCUGCUCAAUGAACUGGAGGUGCACCUGCCCCACGUGACAGGCAGCUUCUCGGUCUUCCAGCCAUCCUCCCACCACAUCAUUGUGCACACGGCCUUCGGCCUGCGCCUGCAGAUCCAGCUGGUGCCCGUCAUGCAGCUCUUUGCCACGCUGGACCAGGACUCUCAGGGCCAGGUGCAAGGUCUCUGCGGCAACUUUAACGGCCAGGAGAGUGACGACUUCCAGACGGCCAGCGGGCUGGUGGAGGCCACAGGGGCCGGCUUCGCCAACACCUGGAAGGCUCAGUCCAGCUGCCGCGACAAGCUCGACUGGCUGGACGACCCCUGCUCCCUCAGCAUUGAGACCAACUACGCCGAGCACUGGUGCUCCCUGCUCAAGAAGACCGAGACGCCCUUUGGCAAGUGCCACUCUGCAGUGGACCCCACUGAGUACUACAAGAGGUGCAAAUACGACACGUGCAACUGUGACAAGAACGAGGACUGCCUGUGUGCCGCGCUGUCGUCCUAUGCGCACGCCUGCGCCGCCAAGGGCGUCAUGCUGUGGGGCUGGCGGGAGCAAGUCUGCAACAAGGAGGUGGGGUCCUGCCCCAGCUCCCAGGUCUUCUUGUACAACCUGACCACGUGCCAGCAGACGUGCCGCUCGCUCUCCGAGGGCAACAGCCACUGCCUGGAGGGCUUCGCACCCGUGGACGGCUGCGGCUGUCCCGACCACACCUUCCUGGACGAGAAGGGCCGCUGUGUGCCCCUGGCCAAGUGCUCCUGCUAUCACAAUGGUCUCUACCUGGAGGCGGGCGACGUGGUGCUGCGGCAGGAGGAGCGCUGCGUUUGCCGGAACGGGAGGCUGCAGUGCACGCAGGUCAAGCUGCUUGCCCAGAGCUGUGCCGCCCCGAAGGUCCUGGUGGACUGCAACAAUCUGACUGCCCUGACCACGCUGAGACCACGCCCUCGCAGCUGCAAGACGCUGGUGGCCAGCUAUUACCACACGGAGUGUGUCAGUGGUUGCGUGUGCCCCGACGGGUUGAUUGAUGAUGGUCGCGGUGGCUGUGUAGUGGAGGACGACUGUCCCUGCUUGUAUCACACCUCACUGUACUCAUCUGGAGACAAGAUCAAAGUGGACUGCAACACCUGCACCUGCCGCGGAGGACAAUGGCAGUGCACCAAGCUGCAGUGCCACGGCACCUGCUCCAUCCACGGGAGUGGCCAUUACAUGACCUUUGACGGGAAGUACUACGACUUCGAUGGACACUGCUCCUACGUGGCUGCUCAGGACUACUGUGGCCAGAACUCCUCUGCUGGCUCCUUCCGCAUCAUCACGGAGAACGUCCCCUGCGGGACCACAGGCGUCACCUGCUCCAAGGCCAUCAAGAUCUUCCUGGGGGGCACAGAGCUGAAGCUGGAGGAGAAGCGGCGCUGGGUGGUGCAGCUGGACGCCGCCCGGCGUGCGGCCUUCACCACGCGGGAGGUUGGCCAGUACCUGGUGGUGGAGGCCAGCACCGGCGUCAUCGUCAUCUGGGACAAGAAGACCACCAUAUUCAUCAAGCUGGCUCCCUCCUACAAGGGCACCGUGUGCGGCCUCUGCGGGAACUUCGACGACCGCUCCACCAACGACUUCACCACGAGGGACCACAUGGUGGUGAGCAGCGAGCUGGACUUCGGCAACAGCUGGAAGGAGUCCUCCACCUGCCCCGACGUGAGCAGCACCCCGGAGCCCUGCAGCCUGAACCCGCACCGCCACUCGUGGGCCCAGAAGCAAUGCAGCAUCCUCAAGAGCUCCGUGUUCGGCCCGUGCCACGGCAAGGUGGACCCCACCGUCUUCUAUGAGGCCUGCGUGCACGACUCCUGUUCCUGCGACACGGGUGGCGACUGCGAGUGUUUCUGCUCGGCUGUGGCCGCCUACGCCCAGGAAUGCACCAAGGCUGGCGCCUGCGUGUACUGGAGGACACCGGAUCUGUGCCCCAUCUUCUGCGACUACUACAACCCGCCCAAUGAGUGUGAGUGGCAUUAUGAGCCCUGUGGGAACCGCAGCUUCGAGACCUGCAGGACCAUCAAUGGCAUUCACUCCAACAUCUCCGUGUCCUACCUGGAGGGGUGCUACCCCCGAUGCCCUAGGCACAAGCCCAUCUAUGACGAGGACCUCAAGAAGUGUGUCACUGCCAACCGCUGUGGGUGCUACAUCGAGGACAACCACUACACUCCGGGAGAACACGUGCCCACAGAGGACAUCUGCAAGUCCUGCACUUGCACGGAGCAUUCAAAGGUCCACUGCCAGUGGGAGGAAGGGAAGGUUGUCAACCAGACACAGGACCGCGGGUUCUGCUUCUGGGACAUCUGCGGCCCCAACGGGACAGUGUAUCAGCAUUUCAAUGUCUGCGUGUCCACCCCGUCGCCGAUCACCCACACCAGCACCCCUGCCACGCCCAGCACCCUCCUCACCAGCACCAGCACCAGCACCACCAGCAGCACCAGCAGCUCAGGUACGUGCUGCUGGUGGUCUGACUGGAUCAAUGAGGACCACCCGACCAGUGGCACUGACGGCGGUGACCAUGAGGCGUUCGACAGCGUGUGCGAGAAGCCCGUUGACAUCGAGUGUAGGUCGGCCACAGAACCGCACCUCAGCUGGGAAAAGCUGGACCAGAAAGCGGAGUGCAGCGUCUCCCAGGGGUUCAGCUGUGUGAACGCCAAUCAGUAUGGCAAAGGAGUGUUUGAGCUCUGCUACGACUAUGAGAUACGUGUCAAAUGCUGUGUGCCCCACGGAACCUGCACCCCCUCCACGUUAACACCAACCCCCUCCACAUCACCCACCACCCCCUCCACGUCAACACCAACCCCCUCCACAUCACCCACCACCCCCUCUACGUCAACACCAACCCCCUCCACAUCACCCACCACCCCCUCCACGUCAACACCAACCCCCUCCACAUCACCCACCACCCCCUCCACAUCAACACCAACCCCCUCCACACCACCCACCACCCCCUCCACGUCAACACCAACCCCCUCCACAUCACCCACCACCCCCUCCACAUCAACACCAACACCCUCCACACCACCCACCACCCCCUCCACGUCAACACCAACCCCCUCCACAUCACCCACCACCCCCUCUACGUCAACACCAACCCCCUCCACUACAUGUGCACCACAAUGCCAGUGGACUGGCUGGCACGAUUCUGGCAAGCCUGAGUUUACCCAAGAAGGUGGAGAUAAUGAAACCGUGGAAAGUGUCUGUGCACCACCCUCUUUUGCAAAGAACAUCUCCUGCAGAUCUGCCAUGUUUCCCAGCCUGCCACUGGACCAGCUUGGACAGACUGUGGUGUGCAACCUCCAUGACGGACUGGUGUGCAGGAAUAAGGACCAGGUGCCCGGAGGACGGCCCUUCCCCCAGCCCUACUGCAUGAACUACGAGAUCAACGUGCUCUGCUGUAAUCAGACACAAUGCACCACCACCACAACAAAAACCACGACAAGGACCUCCACCACAACACCCACCACCACCACUGAGACACCAGCCACAACAACCACCACCACCACUGAGACACCAACCCCAACACCCACCACCACCACCACACCCACCACCACACCCACUGAGACGCCAAUCACAACUCCCUCCACCACAUCCACUACCACCUCAACUGCAACCACUACGCCCAAAACACACACCACCACACCCACCACCUCUACCACUGAGACCCCAACACCAACACCCACCACAACCACUGAGAUCUCCACCACAACACCCACCACCUCCACACCCACUACCAUACCCACUGAGACCUCAAGCACAGCUCAUACCACCACACCCACUACCACCUCCAGCCCAACCACUACGCCCAAAACACACACUUCCACACCCACCACCACCACCACCAGCACUGAGACCCCAACCGCAACACCCACCACCAUCACUGAGAUCUCCAACACAACACCCACCACGUCCACACUCACCACCUACCCCACUGAGACCCCAACCACAACUCCACCCAGCACCACCACACCUACUACCACCUCCACCACCACCACCACUGAGAUCUCUACCACAACACCCACCCUCUCCACACCUACUACCACACACACUGUCUCCUCCACCCAGAUCUACUGCUGCAUCGUGAACGACACCGCCAGCAACAACGUCACCUACUACUCCCCAGGUGAAGAGGUGUACAGCGGCAAGAAAGGUGACCACUGCUACUAUGCCAACUGCUCGGUCGAUUGCACCAUCCAGUACUUCAACUGGUCCUGCCCGUCCUCCCCCUCUCCCACAACCUCCCCGACGCCCACGCCCACCAGCACCAGCACCCCCACUUCCACCACCCCCACUCCCACCUCCACCCCGUCCUCUCCCACCACCACCUCCACCACCAGCACCUCCAAGCCGACAACCACCAAGAAGCCGGGGUGCCCUGAUUUUAACCCUCCCAGGGAGGAGAACGAGUCCUGGUGGCUGUGCAACUGCACCAAGGCCGUGUGCCGUGACGACAACACGGUGGAGAUAGUGGAGGUCAAGUGCGAGCCCCCACCCCCACCCACCUGCUCCAACGGCCUCAAGCCCGUGCGCGUCCUGGACGAGGAUGGCUGCUGCUGGCACUGGGAGUGUGACUGCUUCUGCACGGGCUGGGGAGACCCACACUACGUCACCUUCGACGGGCUGUACUACAGCUACCAGGGCAACUGCACAUACGUGCUGGUGGAGGAGAUCGUGCCUACGGUGGACAACUUCGGGGUCUACAUCGACAACUACCACUGCGACGAAAGGGACAAGGUGUCCUGUCCCCGCACGCUCGUGGUGCGCCACGAGACGCAGGAGGUGCAGAUCCGAACUGUAAACAUGAUGCCCAUCGAGGUGCAGGUUCAGGUCAACAGGCAGAUGGUGGCGCUACCCUACAAGAAGUUCGGGCUGCAGGUGUACGAGUCGGGCAUCAACAUCGUGGUGGAGGUGCCCGAGCUGGGCGUCGUCGUCACCUACAACGGCCUCACCUUCUCCGUCCAGCUGCCCUACCGUCUGUUUGGCAACAACACCAAGGGACAGUGCGGCACCUGCACCAACAACACAGCGGAUGACUGCAUGCUGCCCAGUGGCGAAGUCAUCUCCAACUGCGAGGUGGCAGCUGACGAGUGGGUGGUGGCGGACCCCUCCAAGCCACAAUGCACUCCAGGUGCCUUCACCACCCAGAGCCCAGCUGUGACCACGCAGGCGAGCAGGGCGCCACCCAAGAACUGCACUGGGUCCCCUGUGUGCCAGCUCAUCCAGGACAGCCUGUUCGCCGGGUGCCACGCCUUGGUACCGCCCAAGCACUACUACGAGGCCUGCGUGUAUGACACCUGCUUUGUGCCGGACGCCAGGCUGGAGUGCGCCAGCCUGCAGAUCUACGCCGCCCUGUGUGCACAAGAGGGCUUCUGUGUGGACUGGCGGCACCACACCGGCGACGCCUGCCCGGUGACCUGCCCGUCUCACAGGGAGUACCAGGCCUGUGGACCCCCGGAGGAGCCCACCUGCCAGUCUGGCACCCCGCAGAACUCCACGCGCCUGGUGGAAGGCUGCUUCUGUCCUGAGGGAACCAUGAACUUCGCACCUGGCUAUGACGUGUGUGUGAAGACCUGCGGCUGCGUGGGACCGGACAGCGUGCCCAGAGAGUUUGGGGAGCGCUUUGAAUUUGCCUGCAAUGACUGUGUGUGCCUGGAGGGCGGCAGCGGGAUCGUGUGCCAGGCCAAGGAGUGCAGCCAGGAGGGCCCCACGGCCUGCACGGAGGAGGGCACCUACCUGGUUACUGAGGUCAACCCCGCCGACACCUGCUGUACCCUCACCUCCUGCAAGUGCAACGCCAGCCUGUGUGGCCAGGAGCUGCCCACCUGCUCCCUGGGCUUUGAGCCCAAGAGCCGCAUUGUGAGCGGACGGUGCUGUCCUGUGUACGAAUGUGUUCCCAAGGGUGUGUGCGUCCACGAGAAAGCUGAGUACCAGCCCGGCUCCCCAGUGUACUCAUCCAAGUGCCAGAACUGCGUGUGCACCGGCAGCCAGGACAGCAGUGGCCUCAACGUCAUCUCCUGCUCCCCAGUGCCCUGCAACGUCUCCUGCAGCCCUGGGUUCGAGCCCGUGGACGUCCCUGGAGAAUGCUGCCAGAAGUGCGAACAGACCCACUGUAUCAUCCAAGUGCCGGACAGCCCGUACCUGGUCCUCAAGCCCGGGGAGGUACAUCAGGACCCCGAGAACAGAUGCACGUUCUUCAGCUGCGUGAAGAUCCACGACCAGCUCAUCUCGUCGCUGUCCAAUAUCACCUGUCCCGAGUUCGACCCCAGCAGCUGCGCCCCCGGUUCCAUCUCGCUCAUGGCCGACGGCUGCUGCCAGCAAUGCACCCCUCUCAACCAGACCGAGGCGCCCUGCUCCACCGUGCCGGUUGUCUUGGAGCUCUCCUCCUCCGGCUGCAGCAAGAACGUGACGGUCAACGACUGCUCCGGCUCCUGCGGGACCUUCGCCAGGUACUCCAGCAGCGCCAAACUCACGGAAUCCCGGUGCUCGUGCUGCCGGGAGUACAAGACCAGCCAGCGCCAGGUGCAGCUGGACUGCCCCAAUGGCAAGCAGAUGGCCUACACCUACACGCACGUGGACAGCUGCCUCUGCCAGGAGUCCACGUGCGAGCGGCGCAGCCGGCGCUCCGUGCCCCGCCUGCUGAGCGGACAGUGA